AUGCAUCUCCCAUCACAGAAACUCCAGCUCCGCCCUAAACUUACCGCUGUUCUACAACACUCAAGCAAGAAUUCCACUUCCAAGACCCCUGAAGCUUCAGCACCAACGAAGCCAGCUAGCAGUAUCAACAUCAAAGACAAGCGCAACAUCAAGAUUGGCAUCGUCGCCCUCCGUACUGUCAGCAAAUGGACCGAUAAAGCUGCACUGACGCUCGAGAAGCUCGAGGGCCAAGAAGCGUCGAAGCACUGCCAAGAUCGCCAGGCGCGCUUGUUCGCAGAAGACGGCAGUAAAGGGUACGGAAAGCAAGUCCAAGAUACUGGGGUAUGGAGAGAGACCGUGGUAUACCCGGUACCUGCCCAGGUUGAUAGUGCUAGGGGGAUCGAAGCACACGAACAGCCAAGAGUGUACAGAGCACCAGCACCUGCCAGCCAAGGAGAAAGUCACAUUGUGGCCAGCGCUGUCGAAGUACCUCUCAUUCAGACUCAUCAUGCGCAUGUCUUGGCUUCCGUUGAGGAGUACUAUGACGAAAGUAGUGAUGACGAAGACGAAGGCAAUACCUCUAGGCAGAUCGGUCUCAACAGCUCCACAGACGUUGACGCAGAUGAAGACACCGAUGAGGAAGAUACUUCAGACGAUUCUAGCGAUGAUGUGAAGGAGGAUGACAGCGACAACGAGAAGGAAAGCGACGAAGAAAGCGAUGACGACUCGGAUAGCGAGGCGCAUGAUAGCUCUGAUGAUGCUGAGUCUUCCGACGAGGAGGAAUUGAAGGCGAAGCAUCCGACCAUUGUGGGUAUCAAGAAGUAA